UACACAGUCAGCAUUGUAAUUAUGGUAGUUGGAGUAUUACUUCAGCGACAGUGUAUCAGUUUAGUAUAGAAGACUGGAACGAUAACAGUAAAUUGUAGAAAGAUCAAGUGCAAUACGAAGCUAGUAAAUUUUUGUAUCAAAUUUUGUAAAAUUGCUGAACUGCAAGUAAACCGCUGACAAUUGUUGCACACAUUGCAAAUUGCAUAUGUUUGCCUUAAUUAAGCCAAAGGAAUUUUAAAGACUGAAAGGAAGAAAUAUAUAUAUAUAUAUAUUAGCAUAAAAUUAUAGUAAUUGUGUUUAAAAGUUCUAUAUUCAUAAAUAAAUAAACGAAUUAGUAAUAUUAUGGAGGAACUAAAUAGUAUACUUGAGAAAACAAAAGAUCAAUCCACACAGAAAGAACAGGAUGAGAUUUUACUGCAGCCGUUUACUUAUAUACAGCAAAUUCCUGGCAAACAAUUUCGGUCGCAAUUGUCGUUGGCUUUUAACCACUGGCUGCACAUACCCACAGAGAAGCUGCAUCAGAUUGGAGAGAUUGUGCAAAUGUUACACAACUCUAGUUUAUUGUAA